AUCAGCACUUCAACCAUCACCCUCGGAAUCACCGCGGUCCUCGCAACAGCAGCUGUAGGCUACGCCAUCUACUUCGACAACAAACGCCGCAGCGAUCCCGAGUUCCGCAAAUACCUCAAGAAGCAGCACAAGAAGGUCUCGAAGCUCGACGAAGCCGCAUCCGCCGCGGCAGAGCGAUCGCAAAAGGAGAAGAUCGCAUCAGUGGUCGCGGCCGCGAACGAGGAGGGUUUCCCGCGCGAUCCUGAGGAUACGGAGGCAUACUUCAUGCAGGAGGUCGCGAGAGGAGAGUCGAUGUGCACGGAUGGAAGCGAUCCGGUCGAUGCAGCGCUGUGCUUCUACAAGGCGUUGAAGGUCUACCCGCAACCGAGGGAGCUGAUCAGCAUCUACGACAAGACUGUGCCGAAGCCCAUCUUGGAUAUCCUUGCGGAGAUGAUCGCGGUCGACCCAAGUAUAUCUGUCACCGGAUCCGCAAGCGCAAGCGAUGCCGGC